AGUUGUUGUUGGAAAAGUACGUGCGAACCACGUUGUGCCUCCGUGAAGCGUAUAACGCAGAGAGGUUUAACUUCACCAGUCAUCGACUUUAAGACCAACCGAGAUUUUUUAGUUUAUCCCAAGGGAAAUAAUGGCUGACACUGAUGAUGUGAACCCUAAAGCUUACCCCUUGGCUGACCCCCAGUUGACACAGACUAUCCUUGACUUGGUGAAUGCUGCUGCUAAUUAUAAUCAGCUCAAGAAAGGUGCCAAUGAAGCUACCAAAUGCCUGAACAGAGGAAUUGCAGAAUUCAUUGUAAUGGCUGCUGAUGCUGAACCAUUGGAGAUUCUACUUCAUCUACCAUUACUCUGUGAAGAUAAGAAUGUACCAUAUGUAUUCAUAAGAUCUAAACAAGCCCUUGGGCGUGCCUGCGGUGUCUCUCGUCCAGUUAUAUCCUGCUCUGUCACGGUGAAUGAAGGGUCACAGCUUAAACCACAGAUCCAGGCUCUACAGAACUCCAUUGAGAAACUUCUCAUUUAGACUUCCUCAGGGAUUCACUGUUAUAGUGUUAAUUACAUGUAGGGUUAUUACAAAAAGAUAUGGGGUAAAUCUGUUUGAUGUUUUCGAGCAAAUUUUCGGAAAUUUGGCUAUAUUUUAUCAUCGGAUCUGCAUAUUUACUCUGCAUCAUUUGUCUUUGUAAUAGGAUGCAGAAAAGGACAGUUGAAAGGCAAACAUAAGAGAUUCUGUUUUAUGAUUCCUUUACCUUGAAAAAGGUCUGUUAUGUGCAUCAUUCUAACCUUUUUGGCAAUGGAAAUUUGGGUAUAAGAGGUACACAAAUUCCUUGAAUGGUCAAAGAGUGUAGGCCACACCAAUGUAAAUUUUGUUUUCUUGGCAGAAUGAAUCUUUUUUCGAUGUCAGCAGAGGGUAUAAAAAUAGAAGUGGAAAGGAGGACUGUCCCAUCAGUUGUUCCUGUUAAAGACAUAUUUGUGUGAUCAGAAAGCCUAGAAUAACAGAAAAAUCAUCUAAAACAAUGAGAUCAGACAAGACAAAAAGUUGGAUUUUCAAUUUUACUUUUUUUUUUUCAACUUAUCCGUAAAACACAAAAUAAAAUUGGUGUUACCUUACGAUUUUUUCUUUAUAAGGGUCCACAAACAUUGAUGUAUGUAUGUGUACUUGUGUUUGCCGUUUUUAUAUCUACAUACUUCUCUUGUUUUAAAAGGUCAUGGAUUUUUAUAACUGUUCAUUCCAUAAAAAAAAUUGUUUCUCUGCUAUUCUCGGGUGAAGAAUUUGUGGAAGUGCCAAGUUGUAGCGUAACCAAUAAGGACAGUUACAAGAUUGAUACUUGCUCUUCAUAUGAUACUGAAAACGCGAUCAGUAACCUCAU